AAGCGGGAGGGAGCACCAAGCUCAAGCUGGAGAAGUAACUCUCGCGGACCGAAGUGAUCCCUCGCCAGCAGCGUCAUGCACCGGAGGGACAGGCAGGAUGAGGUGGAGCUGGAGAAAAGUGUCCGCCGACUACGGGAGAAAUUCUAUGGGAAAGUGAGCAUCAGAGAUGCUGUGGUUCUGAUGCAGACAUUCGACAACAAUCAUGACCUGGUCUGCAAGUACAUUGUCCUUGUGAAAGAUGAAACAGAAGAAUCAGAAGAUGAAGAGAAGUUCAGUGAUGAUCCAAUAGCAUUGAAAGUAGUGAAUAAACUGAAGAAAGAAGAGGAGCAGAAUAAACAGAGCCCAAGUGGCAAGGAUGAUAAGAAAAUUAAGGAAGUUGCUAGGCAGCUGAAACCCUUGACAGAGGAGAACCUACGGAUGUUCAAUAAUGCCCAAAACAAUCGCAUCCCUCCAGUUAACCGCCAGUUUGCCUGCCAGUCCUGUGACAAGAUGUGGUGGCGUCGGGUCCCAGAGAGAAAAGAGGUGUCCCGUUGCUGCCGAUGUGGGACCCGUUACGAUCCAGUGCCAUACAAUAAAAUGUGGGGCACAGGAGAGUUCAAUUGCCCCUCAUGUGGACAUACCUUCAGGGGGUCAGCUCAGAUGGGGACUCCAUCUCCCUGCUACCGUUGCCAUUCACCUGUGCUCCCAAGCUUCAUCAUUCCACCUCGUAAGACCCCAGGACCCCGAAGCAGACAGCAGCAUUCUUGCUUUGCAGAGGAUUGCUACAACCGAUCAGAGCCUCACAUUCCUGGAACCCAUUGUGUCCAUCCGCGAAGCCGGAUGAAGAAUUACUUGCCGAAAGUCAUCUGUCCCAGCCAAGUGCAUGAUAGCACCGGUUCCACAGUAGCCACCUGCAUAAGCCAAGGCAGCUUGGCAUGUUCGGACAUCGAUGAGCUCAUCUUAGAGGACCUGAAAGAACAGGAUGAGGAGAACGAUAGCGAGGGCAGCGAUUAGCUGCCCGAAGGCUUGAGAUGCCGACCAUCUUGUGGGAGAUGGAUGGGAGGUUGCAAAUUAGGGGAAGUGGCAUGGGCAGAAGUCUUGCUUUAUAUUCUCCUGGGCUCCAAGCCUGCCUCUUCUAAUCAUGAAGAGUGAAUAUGGAUUUGCUCCAAGCCCAAUUUGAUGCCAUGAAAAAGAUAGGGAGGGGACUGGGGCACCCCUGGUCAUUGCCAUGAAGCUCAUAAACCUGCACUUUAGGCUCAUGGGACCAAAACAUUGGAGUUCAUGGAGUUGGAGGAUCCCUGUUAGAAAUAAUAUGCUACUUGAUGAAGGGAAUAAUUCUAAUUUUGAAAUGUUUUUAUUCUUGAAAUAUAAAACCGAAAGGCAACAUCCAGAUAUUUUUCUUUAUUAAAAAGGGCAAGCAACUACCCUCCACAGUACCUGCAUAAUAAUAGUAAUGCUAUUGAAGUAUUAGUUACUACCAUAUAUAAACCAUCCUCCUCCACAUAGGCUAGAGCAGGGUUUCUCAACCUUGGCAAUUUUUAAGAUGUAUGGACUUCAACUCCCAGAAUUCCCCAGCCAGCUUGUCGUCCACACAUCUUAAAGUUGCCAAGUUUGAGAAACACUGGGGUAGAGAAUUAUCAUUUUUAGAGGGCAUCAGAGUGGGGGAAGUUAACAUAUACAGUGCCUUACAAUUGUGAGCAUACUUCUUGAUUUGCUGGUAGAAAGCGUUCAGUAUGUCUCCUAACUGUGCAGAUUUUUUAUCAGUUAUGAAUGCACAUAAUGAAUUGCAGUGUAUCUUUUUGCCCUGGUGUAUUAAAAUGCAAAUUAAAAUGUUUUUCCCAUGGACAUGUCUGGUUUCAUCAACAAUCCAAUGUCCCAUAUUAGUCUAAAAUCAAUCAGAAGUUGCCUGCUGUGGGGAGAACCACCUGAGAGAGGAUGUUGAGAAACGUACAAGAUCUUCACCGCAACUAUUCUCUUGGAAUUACUAAGUGCAACAGCAUUUGUAAUCUGGGUUUGUUGAAGGCCUUUCACAAUCAGGAAGAACUUCACUAGAAUUCAGAAUUAAAUCCAGCAGCUCUGAAGAUGUGUGUGCUUAUU